GCGGCACUAGAGGGUUCUCAGAGGACUACAAUUCCCAGUGUGCCACUGCCGCACGCUCCCCCGUUAAGACCGUAUCGGAGAGGAGCGUGAAAAAGGCUUGGCAAAUAGUGGUCGAGGAUGAGUUGCUUGAGUAAAAUGGCGGCGGUAACAUUCGCGUUGCUUUGAGGAGGAGAAGGAGGGGACUAACAGUGUGGCUGCCUCAGAUGGUGAGACCUCCAAGCGUGCGCUGAGAGGGCUGAGGGAAAUUCGGAGGCUGCGGUCCCGGCGGUGGCCAGAAGGGGACAGGCAGACGGUUGGCGAAGGUGGCUCGGGCUGGGGUGGCGGUGGCGGUAGCAGCGGUAGUAACAGCGCCCGGAGGGGAAGUGUCAGUCAGGUACCGCGAGCUCCCGGGGUUUUGUUCUUCGUUGGAGAGUGACCGAGGGACGCGACUCCAUGUCGGACAACCAAAGCUGGAAUUCCUCUGGCUCCGAGGAGGAUCCCGAGACCGAAUCCGGGCCGCCUGUUGAGCUCUGCGGAGUGCUGAGCAAGUGGACCAACUAUAUCCAUGGGUGGCAGGACCGCUGGGUGGUCUUGAAAAACAACACUCUAAGUUAAUACAAGUCUGAAGAUGAGACAGAAUAUGGCUGCAGGGGCUCAAUCUGCUUGAGUAAGGCUGUCAUUACACCCCAUGACUUUGAUGAAUGCAGGUUUGAUAUUAGCGUAAAUGACAGUGUGUGGUACCUACGAGCUCAGGAUCCAGAUCACAGACAACAAUGGGUAGAUGCAAUUGAACAGCACAAGACUGAAUCUGGCUAUGGAUCAGAAUCAAGCUUGCGACGCCAUGGCUCUAUGGUCUCCCUUGUAUCUGGAGCAAGUGGGUAUUCUGCAACAUCAACCUCCUCAUUCAAGAAGGGUCACAGUUUGCGUGAGAAGCUUGCAGAAAUGGAAACUUUCAGGGAUAUAUUGUGUAGGCAGGUCGAUACUUUACAGAAAUAUUUUGAUGCCUGUGCUGAUGCUGUCUCCAAGGAUGAAUUUCAGAGAGAUAAAGUGGUAGAAGAUGAUGAAGAUGAUUUUCCUACAACACGUUCUGAUGGAGAUUUUCUACAUAAUAGUAAUGGUAGUAAAGAAAAAUUGUUUCCACAUGUAACACCCAAAGGAAUAAAUGGCAUAGAUUUUAAAGGAGAAGCUAUAACUUUCAAGGCAACAACAGCUGGAAUCCUUGCUACACUUUCUCAUUGCAUUGAGCUAAUGGUGAAACGUGAAGAGAGCUGGCAGAAAAGAUUGGAUAAGGAAGUUGAAAAAAGAAGGAGAAUAGAAGAAGCAUACAAAAAUGCUAUGACAGAGCUUAAGAAAAAGUCUCAUUUUGGAGGGCCAGAUUAUGAGGAAGGUCCAAACAGUCUAAUUAAUGAAGAAGAAUUCUUUGAUGCUGUUGAAGCUGCCCUUGAUCGACAAGAUAAAAUAGAAGAACAGACUCAGAGUGAAAAGGUCAGGUUACACUGGCCAUCAUCAAUGCCACCCGGGGAUGCAUUUUCUGGUAUGGGGACCCACAGAUUUGUCCAAAAGCCCUAUAGUCGCUCUUCCUCCAUGUCUUCCAUUGAUCUAGUCAGUGCCUCUGAUGAUGUUCACAGAUUCAGCUCCCAGGUGGAAGAGAUGGUGCAGAAUCACAUGACGUAUUCAUUACAGGAUGUAGGAGGUGAUGCUAAUUGGCAACUAGUGGUUGAAGAAGGUGAAAUGAAGGUAUACAGGAGGGAGGUGGAAGAAAAUGGCAUUGUUCUGGAUCCUCUGAAGGCCACACAUGCAGUCAAAGGAGUUACAGGGCAUGAAGUCUGCCACUAUUUUUGGAAUGUUGAUGUUCGUAAUGACUGGGAAACAACCAUUGAAAAUUUCCAUGUAGUAGAAACUUUAUCUGAUAAUGCACUCAUAAUCUACCAGACACAUAAGAGAGUAUGGCCUGCUUCUCAACGUGAUGUGCUAUAUUUGUCUGCUAUUAGAAAAAUACCGGCUUUCAAUGAAAAUGACACCGAGACAUGGAUUGUGUGCAACUUCUCUGUAGAGCAUGACAGUGCUCCUUUAAACAAUCGGUGUGUUCGUGCCAAAAUAAAUAUUGCUAUGAUAUGUCAGACGUUGGUAAGUCCACCAGAAGGAAACAAGAAAAUAAGUAGAGACAACAUCCUAUGCAAGAUUACAUAUGUAGCAAACGUGAACCCUGGAGGUUGGGCACCGGCUUCUGUAUUACGAGCUGUAGCAAAACGAGAAUAUCCCAAAUUCUUAAAGAGGUUCACAUCAUAUGUGCAAGAGAAAACAGCAGGAAAGCCUAUUCUGUUCUAGUGUUGACAGCAAUUGGAACAAGGCUGUGUGAACAUUCCAUGUUGGAGAGAUGAACCAAAAUGAAUGCUCCAAACUGGAACGUAGGAUCUACAGUCUUCUGGCCCAAGUCCUGGAUUCUCUACUCAAUUGAAGAAAUACUGCAAUGCCAUAAAGCUGAAUUUUCACUGUCUUCUGCUAGCUCACUUUGCUGAAUUGGUGUGUAAUUAUAAAAAUACAUGUGUUGAUACAUGUAUAUGGCUCUACUUUAUUUGCUUGCUUUAGAGGAGAAAAAUACAACUUUGGGUCACCACCUUGGUUUAUUGCUUUAACUUUUGAAUAAAUUUAAAAGCUUUUGUUUACUGUUGAACUUCAUAUGCCACUCGCACAGCUCUAGUUUUUGUGUAUGUCUAAAAAAGCACAAAAGACAAAUGCACAUAUAGCGUACUGUAUGUGCUUUAUAUACACAAAAACCUGUGUGUUGUAACUUUUUUCCCCUUUUGGGUUUUCAGUAAACUCUGUGUGUCCUUCUGGAGGGGAUUUGUGUUUGCUUUGUAUAAUCACAGUUCAUUGCUGCUGGUUUCUAUGAUGAAUCAUCUUAUGUAAAACUUCCCUUAAUACAUGAGGGCUGUCAAGGUCCUUAUGACUUUGCCUUUUCUAUGGUCCUACUCCUAUGAAGACCUCCUGCGUUCUGAUGGAGUAGGUAUGAAAAGCUUUAUCUUUUCCCCAGAUAUCUUUAUAUUUCUAUUGUAUUUUUUAGUUGUGUGAUAUGUGCUACAGAAACUUGGUUAUGGAACAUGAUCCAGAAAUUUCUGUACAAAGGGCAUAGCUGCCAGAAAAUGCUACUGCAGUGUCUAACCAGGAUAGUGGAUGAGGGCAUUUUCUUGCAAUUAGAUUUACUGAAACGGGGAGAAAUUACAUUAUGGUAAGAAGGCAACAUUCCCAGUCUUGGAGAAAGAGCAAAUAUGCUAGUAUCCAGUGCUGCAUGUUUGUUUUUUCUGUUUUAUUAAAGCUGUGCUAUGAAGUUCAUGUACAAAACCUUUCAUAUGUAACAUUUCCCCCAUGAUCUGCACUGUAAGAUAUAAAAAUCCACAAAACAAUGCAAAGUUCCCCUUAGUUGCUGUGAGAACUAACCUUUCAAGGAUCUGCCUGCCUGUUUUUACGAUAAUACCAAGAAAAAACAUGAGGAAUGGAACUGUGGAAAAGGCUGGAGGUCCUGUGGAGGAAUUCCCUGACAAAAUGGAGAUUAUUUAGAUGACUUUUUUUAGCUGUUAGAUCAGUUUGUGUAUAUAGAGAGACAAGAUUUGGAUAUAUUUUUGGAAAGAAAGCAGAAAGACUUAUUUCAUAUAGAGUAGCUGAUGUCUGAAAAUGAAGACAGUACUUUUUAAUGAUACAGCUGAUGAAAAUCUUUGAGGUUGGAAGCAAAUUAUUUCAGGUAUGGCUGGUGUGUCCUUGGUAUGCUGUAGACACACUAAAGAUAUAUGCACAUACAUUCAGAUUUCAUGCUUUUUAGUCUCCUUUAUUUGCCUUUCUCUAAAUAACGUGCAUGGAAUAUGCCUUAUUACAGAGUAACUCUGAUCAUGAUUUGAAAAUGUAGAAAAGUGCCUAUGGGGUAAUGUGAGUAAGGCAGAUAAGAUGAGAAAUUAGAUCUGUUUACUAUGUCAGCAGUAAGCAUUUUAUAUACACUUUCGUAUACCUCAAAUUUGUUUAAUCUUUUUACAAUCAACUGGAAGAAAAUUAUUUGUUCACCAUAGCCACUGAUGGGAACUUCAACAGUGAAAUAAUGCUUAGAUCCCCGGACAUAAAUUUAACAAUUUGCCAUUUCUGGUAACGUUCUUGGACCAUAUGCAAGUAACCUUAAUUUAAUUGGAUAGCUUUAUUUUGCAAAAAAGAGAGGAAAGUUUACAAAGCAGUAUAUAACUCUUAAUAUCAUUAGUUGCAUUUGCACUAAAUGUGAUGUAUUUUGCAAUUCUGUAAAUAAAAAUUACACUAAAGAUACUAUUUGUAAAGGGUACAUUUUACUUUUAGACAAGUGGUGUCACUUCAUUGGAGCUAGCCCUGCCCAAUUGAUCAUGCGAGACUUCUUGGGAUUUAUAACAAGAGUUAAAUGCAACAUAAAAGCAUUUCUUAAUAAGUGAACAGGCUUGGUCAGUAAAUGCCAAGUGUUGCACCCUUUCUUCCAGAAUAGGAUAUAUUUUUUUUCUUCCCCACCUUUUGAUUGGCUCUUUUAAAUUAAUCAUUUCAUCCUCUGAUGUCCUUUCUGCCAAUUGGCAAAUACUCCUGUCACUAUUAAUUUAGUUUUGUAUGAACUGAUCUAUACAUUUACUCUUUGAAUACAGAGCCUUCUUCAUAGGAGGCUUUAUGUUCUAAGCAUCUGUUGCCUUGAAAGCCUGAAUCUGCCACUCCUCAAAAAUAAUUCUAUCAAAUGCUGGACUUCACUCCUUUUUAUUUAGUUGCGGUUGGAGGUGGGGAGAGAGUCAGGAAACAAGGGCUGUUCAUUUCUACCAGAUUUUAAAAUCAUGUUUGUUUUUUAAUUAUUUUUUGCAGUCUGACUAAAUCUUAUACAGUAUAUAUUUUGGGGUUAAUGCUCUUUCACCUUGAAAGAAGUUACUCCUAAUUUUAUUGGGCUGAGCUGGUUCAUAAGAAGUUGUACUGGUUCUCCUUAAUCAAAUUGUCAAGUCAAACUUUCACUGAUCUUUCACCACCUGUUGUAUAGAUGACGCUGUAUUUGAGUUGCCACUGUUCAUCUACAUACUCAAACAUGAAUCAGUUUUUAGAGUAUCUUGAGUGUGUAGAGUGUGACUGUUCUAUGAUAGCUUUAUGAUCCUGUUAACUUUAAAGAAAAACUAAAUGGAGAUGGCUCUUCCAUGUUACAAUCACAAAUUUAAAAACCAGUAUUUAAAAAUGAAAAGUAUUAAAAGAUAUUAUAAACCAA